UCCCCAUUCAUCCAUUAUCAAUUCCCAGUUCCCGCUCUCCUUACUUCUUGUAUCUUCUUCUGCUGCCUGAUGGCUCUUGUUUCUUGACCACUUACACCCCCUUAUCCUAUAUAUACCUACGUCUUCAUCCCUCUCUCUGGUACUACUUUGAUCGCGAACCCUUAAAUCCCCUUCCCCCCAAAAAGCGAUGGCUUCAGGAAGCUGAUCUAUUUACUGACUGCCAAAAGUUCCCAUGUUGUCGCGCUGAGAUAUGAUUACCUGGGGAUGCGCUCCUGGAAAUGAAUUUUCUUUCGCUGGUAGAAGCGUUCCUGGCUAGCUAGAAGACCUGCCAGCAUUUUCAAGGGGCUUUUUAAUUAAACCAUGGACUUUCCAGGCGGGUCCGUCACAAACAUACGCGUCAUUGACGGAUUCUCGCACAUUUACUGGAGAAUAUAUACCGAAGAGCCUGGUAUUACAAAUACUCCUGGCGAGCCUUCCGCAAAUGGCUAUACCAUUUUGAAACAUCUCAGCCGUCUCAAAGAUCUGGAGCUUCGCCUAAGAAGCCUCGAUUGUCUCGUUUCAAGCUAUCCUCGACGGCUUUGUCUAUGGACCUUUUCUCCUACUCCGGGAUUUGAGUCUCUAGCCCCAGUGUCUGCAAGUCAGGGCAAAGAUGAAUCCGGUAGACUGCUCGUCGGCUCUACUACGUUGAAAGUCUCCUCUUCUGGCAGUGUGUCCUCGUCAGAUUUGGUCAAGAAUCUCUCGGCAGAGCCUCAAAAUGCGGCAGGUGCAGCCGGGUCGCAAAGACCGAAUGCGCCUACACCAUUCGCCACAAUCUACGCAUCAUUUAUCUCGGCACUUAUGGGAACGUUAAGCCUGCAGUUAAUACAGCAGACGAGCGCAGUUCCACUCGGGUCACGCACCCUUCUCACUCUCGAUGGCAAAGAUCUUGAUGAGACCAUCGGCUUCAGCAAUGAAAGCUUAGCUUUCGCCCCAUCGCUGACUACGCUUCAGCUUCAACUGAUAGCGGCUGGAAAGCUGACUGUAGCGUUGCAAACCGUGUCACAACCGGGUCUUAUGAGACUUUGCAACCCCGAAGACGACUCUUCAGAGGUCCUCGACAUUCCAACGGGUACGGAUCUGUGGCUAUCACCCAGCGGGUCAAUCGCCAGACUAGUGACGACAAAUCCAGGUCUGAAGGUGGCUUCAUCGCCUUAUCCGUUCGGCGCAGGAGGCGUGGGAGCUGAUUGGUCGGACCCGGCGAACCGCAAACAGUGGAUGGUCAAUGUACUGGGUUGGCUUGCCAAUUUUGGUCUUCCAAUCAGUGGGAUCGACGAAGACUCAUGGGUGGAGGUUGAAGUUUGGGAACCAUUCUACUCUAGACUGGCUGGGGAAACAUGGCGGCCGAACGAUGGAGGCUUAUCAACGCUUCCUCUCAAGCGCAUUCUUUGGCCAGCUAUCUACUGCUUCAGAAGGACAAAAUCAGCAUCUUCAGACUCCUAUGGUGAAAUGGAAAGCGUCUGUGCUGUUGUCGAUGACCCUCUAGACUUUGCAGAAAAGUGGCACGUAUUAGAGAACCCCAGCCCUAACGAAACGAGCCCUAAACCUCCAUCCGUUGCUCCGGAAUCCGAGACCAAAGACCAAGAUGCGCCCACCCCCGAUACGAUGGGGUUGCCGGAAGGGUUAGAAAGCCUUUCGCGGGCUUCACAGUACCCAGACAUCCAACCUGCAAGUCUUGUAUACCCGACCCCGCCAGACGGGGCCACGACAGCCGGACUCAAUCCUAUCACCGUCUCCUCAGAUGCAUUUUCCGAGGACUUCUACAACAAUUCCACCCUUCCUCAACAGACCAGACAGAUGUCUUUUGGCCAACCCCACAGUAAGGACCGCGCUGGACUGGAUGUGACGAUAGGGUUUGGCCCUUCGGCAGGGCUUGCCGUUGGGUCUGGACUGUACGAUACCAACGAUGACGAUGAUCUAUUUGGGGAUAUGAACGAGAGGGAUUUUGGAGCCAAAGGGAUCACAGAUGCGGACUUUAGCUUCUUUGAUGACCCAAGCUUUGAUCGUAUGGAUGAAGAGGGCCAUACAGGUGCUCUUCACGAUAUGCCGGACUUUGUUGAGGCAGAGCCCCUUGGUGUACAGCCUACGCCGGUUGAGCAGGGCUUCCCUGAAUUGGUGCAAGAGAUGAUUGAGGCGCAGAAUUUUAUACCCGACGCAGACAAAAUGGAUGUGACAGCUGAAGAUCAGACUGAACAGCCCGUGGAUGAAAAGAACACCCCUCCAUCAUCGCCUCAUGCAGACAAUGUCGGCACGAUAAGCCCGCCAUUGAGCCCUGUCGAGGUCAAGAAAUUUCUCUUUCCCGAGCCGCAAACCGAAAGUCAACCUCUCCAGAACGGACAGAUGCCGGCGCAUUACCGACCUAUUCACUUCAGGCAAGGGGUUUCCGGUUGGGAUCACAAAUACAGCACUGAAGGAAAGUUCUGGUUUACAAUGCGCGGAAAAGAUACCUCCGCGAACGUCACGGCCACCACAAAGAGUGAUAUUCCAACCAUCGGCCUUCUUCGCCGCAGUACAAAGUCGAAGAAAAGUGCGGGUGCCACACUGUCCGACGAUCGCGACAGUCUUGCGGGUGAGGAAAUGCUGCAACUAGUUACAGGCACGGAGAUGAGCGACGCUGCAAGUACUGACAGCGAAGGAUCUGGGUCGGACAGCGAUACGUCACCGACAACGUACUCUACGCGCAAAAGAAAACGCAGUCGUUCGAACUCCACAAAAUCGUUGGCUUUGUCUCCAGAAAAUGCUUCCUUGAACGUGCAGCAAGACGCAGCAAAUCCACGUCCCGAGGAUUCCGUCUUCUUGGGCAAUUUCCUUUCAACUUUCUCCGACUGGUCCUUGGCCGGCAACUUCUCGAUUUCUCAGAACCAAACCUUCCCCGUCCUUCUUCAGAAAGAAUUGCAAAUUCAAAUUGCCCAGAUUCUGGUUGAUCAAGUGACGCAAUCUUCUCUGGAUCACAAGUACGAUGGUGGUACUAUUGGUCUUUCCGCCUGUGAAAAUGACGCUCAUUCUCCCCAGAACGUUGACGACCAAUCGUUUAUGGGCGGUAUCGAAAGGCUCGACCUGAAUAGCUUUGUCUCGUUGCAGGAUAAUUUAGCACUUUCUCCUGCCCCUGGCAGUGCCCAGGCGCGACAACCUACUCAGCGGAGGGAAACAGGCAAAGGCACCAUUUCUCGUCUCAGUCCACCACACCUACGCGUCUGUCGAGGCAAAGAUUUCCUAGAAACACUACCACCAGCGAUCCCUUUCUGGGAGACAUUUGGAUUAGGACCGGCUCACGGCCAGAAAGACAUACUCGCUUAUUGCAUCCACCCUCAUACCGCCGCAGAAGCUGCCGAUACCUUUCUAGAUCGCCUUGGCUUAGUAUACUCAGGCUGCAAUCUGGGGGUUCACGAUCGAGGGGAUGGAUCGAACCUUUUCAACCGUGGCUUGGGCUCGUGGGACAUUGGUCUGGCACAUAAACGCUAUUCAUCUAUCAUGCAAUCCUUGAAGACAAUAUGCGAAGAAUUAGGAGCUGCUUUGUUGAAGGAUCCGCCCGGCAAGGAUAACAAUCUCCUUGUCUAUAUCGUCAACCCUUUUACCCACGCUGCAGCAUUGGUCGAUAUCUGCUCGGCCUUCUGGAGUCUGUUUCAGAAUUAUGUGGCCGAUGCUGACCGGCAACAGGCACGGCAACUAAAUGAACUUGUACUGCAGAUUGUUCCCCUUGACUUUCUCAUGUCGAACGAAUCGUUAGUUGUGCCUCCUCAAGCCGACUACUUGAACCUGGCUCUUGAAGUCUACAGCCGGUGCCCACCCAAGUCGCCUGAUUCUAGCCUAGUCAACGGCGCACCUCCGAUGCUUCUUGCGGAACCUCUUCCCAAGACAAUCAACUUCAAACUUUCAUCCGAGAAGACCUCUCCACUGCAAGAAGGAAAAUGUCUCCACAUUGCGUGCUCCAGAAGUCAAGACCAAAGAUGGCUAAGUGUGGCCUGGUCCGACAACACGGGGGCCCUGCAGCGGACCAUGUCCUAUUGUCUCCGCUUCCGCAACUCGUCAGCAGUCCGAAGUGUUGCGGAAGUACGCGGUGAAAUCUGGGGGGCAACGAAGGACAUCAUGGACAGGACUCAGGCGCGCUGGCGGGUUGUUGUCGCCAACACGGAUCCUAUAGAUCAGGAGGAAAUUGACUCCUGGACAAACUUUACAGAGCAGUACAAUAAGUCCCGAUCAACAAAUCUGGAUUUGACGAUCCUGAGUGUCAGCACUACGCCCGAUCUUACACUCGAGCCACCUUUCUUGCCCUUGACAAUGAGCGCCGUCAACCCCCUCGCAUCAACCUCGCCGAUCGCUACGCCGAAUCCUAGCAUUUCGUCACCCGACCAAAUCAGCACGGCGCCCACCCCUCCCAGCGGAGCUAAUGCGCCUCUCAACGCGCCCACCCCGACAGCAGAAACCAAUCCUGAAAUCGAGUCCGAAUCCCUCCUCAUGGACAUAUGCGACGAGACGUGGGGCGUCGUCCUGUCGCACCGGCUCAACAGCUCUAUGCAUCAAACUGAGUAUCGGCCCGCGCUGGCCAGCGGAUAUCUCCUCCGCAGGCGAGGCUCCACCGACGGAGACGGGGUAUUUACCAUGGGCGCUAACGUCAUCUACACGCGGCGUCCGUCGACUUCCUACGACGCCCUCCUCCGAGAUAUCCUAAGCAUGUACCGAGAUCUUGCCAGUCUGGCUCGGGCUCGGGGCACUCGAGCGGUGCAGCAGGGUACCUUACCGUGGCACAUUGCCACGGUAGUCAAGGCUCAGGCACUUCUGAGCUACGUUCUCUGAUUCCUUUUCUUUUUCUUGCCUCAUUGCGUGUUUAACUAGUUCAUUAUACCAUGUUGCGGCCGGUGGGUGUGAAGAUGCGGGCGUUUGGUGCUUGCUUCUCUCUCCUGCUAGAUUUGCUUCAAACAUCCCGGGGUAUCUGUAUAUAAUUCAU